AUGCACGGGCACUUGCUGGCGUUGAUGCGCUUGAUAGUGCAUCACGGGCAUGCCGAAGGUGCUGCAGCAGCGAAUUAUUUGAGUCGAGUGGCGGAGGCUUUCAUGGAUUGCCAGGCCGUGCAGGCGCGGGUGAUAGAGCAAGUUGGGCUCGAAAUCCGUGGCGUUGUGCUUGAUUUCCGCGGCCUCGUCACGAAGUUGGUGGGAGACUAUAAGGUCGUCGCCAUCAAGAUGCUUGCACACGACAGGAUCCAGCGCGGCCUGGCUUCAGAUGACGGUAACCCCACGCACUACGAGAACCGCCUUACCGCGGAUCUGGGUGACACCCUCGGUUUGAACAAGGACGACAUCCGCCGCGCAGCCCUGGACGAGCACGCGGCUUCCAGGUUCCCGCGCAUCACGAGGUCUGCUCGAGAGCAGGCAGCAGCGCAGGCCAGGGACUUGUUUGACCUUGAUGCCCUGCUCAAGGUACUGAUGGCUGAGACGAACUCGUUCUCCGAGGCCUCCCCGGCCAACUCGCUGCCACGGGUGUUCCUGGAUUGGGCGGCCUCGCGGCUGACGGAGAAGCACAUCGUCUUCGACGAGGAGACGUGCUCCCGCGUGGAGGUGGGAGAGUCGCUUGCGCUGGCGAUCCUGGAGGACCUCUUCUCGGAGCUGCCGCCUGCCUCCGCCGACGAGAUGUACCGAGACCGACGCCUGUGCGAGCUGUUCCGCCCAAGCUAG